UCGUCUGUCGGCAGGCUCUGUGUAAGGUGGUCUUCAGCUCUUCUCUCCACCACGAUCAUGGCUACGUCGUCGUCUUCCGACAAGGAGAAGGAGCGGACUGGAGGGGCCAGUGGCGGGCCUCCUGCGGGCCUCAGCACGCGGGAGAAGCUUCUGUCUGUGCUGGAGGACUUGGAGGUGCUAUCGAGGGAACUCAUAGAGAAUCUGGCAAUUUCAAGAAGCCAAAAGUUACUACAAGCUGGAGAGGAAAACCAGAUGAAGAAUCUAAGGCUCAGAAAGUUUUCCACAGUGGCACAACAGAUUAUAGAGUUGUUAAUUCAUAGAGAUGGGGAGUUUCAAGAACUAAUGAAAUUGGCACUUGAACAAGGAAAAGUACAUCAUGAAAUGCAACUACUAGAAAAAGAAGUAGAGAAGAGAGAUAGUGACAUUCAACAAUUACAGAAACAGCUGAAGGAAGCAGAGCAGAUAUUGGCAACAGCUGUUUAUCAAGCAAAAGAAAAACUCAAAUCCAUAGAUAAAGCAAGAAAAGGCGCCAUCUCUUCUGAAGAAAUAAUUAAGUAUGCACAUAGGAUUAGUGCAAGUAAUGCGGUGUGUGCCCCACUAACAUGGGUUCCAGGGGACCCACGGAGACCAUACCCAACUGAUUUAGAGAUGAGAAGUGGAUUGUUGGGUCAAAUGAAUAAUCCAUCCACUAAUGGUGUGAAUGGCCAUUUACCAGGAGAUGCACUUGCAGCAGGCAGGUUGCCAGAUGUUCUUGCUCCACAAUACCCAUGGCAGUCAAGUGAUAUGUCGGUUAACAUGUUACCUCCAAAUCACAGCAACGACUUUAUGCUGGAACCUCCUGGACACAACAAGGAAAAUGAAGAUGACGUAGAAGUUAUGUCAACAGACUCCUCAAGUAGCAGCAGCGACUCUGAUUAAGAACCAUACCAGAGAAAAAUGUACUUCAUAUGACCAAGAAGUACUGUUUCCUUAGCAGAAACAAGCAUGCAAAACCAAAAACAUGUAACUGUGUACUGUGUAAAUGUUCAGCAUGUUCAGAACCACUGUGGACUUUCAUUUGAUAAAUCAAAAUCAUUUCAUUUGAUAAUCAAAAUCAUGAUUUCAGAUCCAUCCCACCAGAACAAAGUUAAAUAAAUUAUUUAAAUGGUU